UGUACUUUGACGGAACCGGAUCGGAUCAGCUCGGGGGAUUCGAGCCGACGGUGGAUUCAUCCUUUUUGCGGGGUUCUGUGGCUCUGAACACGGUGUAGCCGUCGGUACCGUUCGUAGGUUCCGGUUCGGGGCCUGUCCGGGUUGACAGCCAGCAGCAGGACAUCCCAGCCGGAUGCGGGUGUGAGGCGGACAUGGCGCCGGAGCGCGAGCGCUCCGGCCGGGUGGUUCUGGUCAAGAAGAUCGUCAUGAAGGACGGAACCGCGCAGGGCAUUGGCAGGCCCAGCGUCUGUCACGCGGUGGUGGUGAUCUUCCUGGAAUUCUUCGCCUGGGGUUUACUGACCACGCCCACGUUGACAGUGUUACGUGAAACGUUUCCGCAGCACACCUUCCUGAUGAAUGGCCUCAUUCAGGGCGUCAAGGGUCUACUCUCAUUCAUGUCGGCUCCUCUGAUUGGUGCAUUGUCAGACGUGUGGGGCAGGAGGUUGUUCCUGCUGGUUACCGUGUUCUUCACUUGUGCUCCGAUCCCCCUGAUGCGGCUCAGUCCUUGGUGGUAUUUCGCCAUGAUCUCGAUGUCUGGUGCCUUCUCUGUUACCUUCUCUGUCAUCUUCGCCUAUGUCGCUGACGUGACGGAGGUGCGAGAGCGGAGCACGGCGUAUGGUUUGGUGUCAGCCACAUUUGCAGCCAGCCUGGUGACCAGUCCGGCCAUUGGGGCGUACCUCUCGGCCUGGUAUGGAGACAGUCUGGUGGUCCUGCUGGCCACUCUUAUCGCUGUGGCGGACAUCGGCUUCAUUCUGCUGGCCGUGCCGGAGUCUCUGCCGGACAAGAUGAGGCUGAACACCUGUGGGGCACCGAUCUCCUGGGAACAGGCCGACCCCUUUGCAUCUCUGAGGAAGGUGGGUCAGGACUCGACGGUCUUACUGAUCUGUAUCACGGUGUUCCUGUCUUAUCUGCCUGAGGCGGGUCAGUACUCCAGCUUCUUCCUCUACCUGAGACAGGUCAUAAACUUUUCCUCUAAGACCAUUGCUGUGUUUAUCGGGGUGGUGGGCAUUCUGUCCAUUGUGGCACAGACUCUCUUCCUCACACUACUGAUGAGGACUCUGGGAAAUAAAAACACUGUUCUGUUGGGUUUGGGCUUCCAGAUUCUUCAGCUGGCCUGGUACGGCUUUGGAUCAGAACCAUGGAUGAUGUGGGCAGCCGGCGCCAUUGCGGCAAUGUCCUCCAUCACCUUCCCAGCAGUCUCUGCUCUGGUGUCUCAGUCAGCUGAUCCUGAUAAACAAGGUGUGGUCCAAGGAAUGAUCACCGGGAUCAGAGGGCUUUGUAAUGGUUUGGGUCCAGCUCUUUAUGGAUUUGUGUUCUUCCUCUUCAAUGUUGAACUCAGUGCAAUGGACCCAAUCCAAGGAGAGUACAACAUCGACCCUCUGCCUCUUCACAGUCCUACUGAGCGAUCGCUCAUCCCUGGCCCGCCCUUCCUGUUGGGCGCAUGCACGGUGGUCAUCGCCUUCUUGGUUGCUGUCUUCAUCCCUGAGAAAUCUUCCUCAUCCUCGUCCUCCCAGUUGUUAGACUGUGAUAAGCCCUGCCCAGAAAGCAAGGACUCACUGUCUUCAUUGGUUGGUGUCCACAUUAACACGCCCCUCCCGGGAAGCGAUGAGGAGGCCCCGCCCAUGGCCAGUGACGAGGACUUUGAGCCCCUGCUACAGGACAGCAUUGUUUGACAGACAGGUGGAGAGAAUAACAGAAUUUACAUGAUUUAUUUAUUAUUUUGUUGCAACCAGUAACAUACAUGUUCACCAAAAGGUGGUGCUACAUGGAAUCAGAUUGUCCAAAGACUGAUUGAUGGCAAGAGCGUUUCUUUGACUGAAGGCUGGACUAAGUAUCUUAGGUGCACCAUAUUGUUACCAAUAAGGUUGAGGGGGCGGGUCACUAUUUAAUUGGACAGUGGUGAAUUUUUGAUUGACAGGAGCAGGGUUAUCGCGCCAUUUAAACUUUUUUGAUUGACCUGUGGAAUUUUUUUUUUUUAUGGAAAAAGGAGUGUGGCCAGUGAAAGUGCUGAUCUACUGUAUAACCAUCUGAACAGGAAAGUGUUUUAAAAGUUAAAGUUUAAAAAUAAAUGUAUCUUUUUGAAAGACAUACUUUAAAGUGUUUUUUUUAAGUUAUUGUACAAAAUACUUUUUUAACCGUGUUGAAACACAUCAGCACUUUUUUGGUUCCUCUCUACUUUUAUUGAUUUUGAAGUUUACUGUGAAAAAUAACAUAUUUCUUGAUGUGUAGAUAAAUUUACCUGCUGUAACAAUGCUAACAACUUAAGAAUGUGUUGAGAAAAGCAAAAAGUUUGAAAAAUGUUUUAGUAAAUCAGUAAAUGGACCAAAACCAUUUUUAUUAAAUUCAUCACUAAGAAAGAAAUCGAUAAAUGAUGUAAUAGUGACAUAGACAAAAAAAAUUUCUAACGUAAUGGUGGGCUGUUGAUUGUCUGGCGUUCUUAUCAGUUACACAAUAAUUGUUAUUUUUCUUUACUUUUGUUUGUUUGUUUGUUUGUUUUAUUUUAACUUUUUUGUUUUAAGAUAAUAUACAAAUAGUGACUGGUUUGGAGGGCAGCAUAAUGGAAUGUCACCCCGAGGGAUCAUUGUUGCCCGCAGCACCAUUAUGCUGCUCGAUAAACCAGUCACCAUUUGUUUUAUUAUACAUCUGUGUAGUUAAUAAAUUUGUCUUUACAAUUAUAUGAAAAAAUUGCUAAGUCAUUUUUUAUUUUUGGUUAUUGUUACUAGAAACAAAUAUGAUGUCGUCUGCGAUGCAUCACCCUGCGCAUGCGUGAAACAUUGUUGGCCCAUUAUGACAAAAUCGGUCCGCAAUAACUCAUAAUGUUGCCCGAAAUGGUGCAGAAUCAGUCAAUAAUGUGCCUAUUGUUAACUUUGGAUGAUUUAUUGUGAAAAGUAUUGCAAUUAUUACAUGCGAACCAGCCAGUCAGAACAAAGGAUUUCAGUCAGAUGUAUAAUAACAUAAAAUAGCUUUAUUGUCAUUGUACAAGUACAAUGAAAUUGACUUUUUAAUUUAUUUUGCAAAUUAAGUUUCCAUCUGCAAUUCUGAAGCAGUCCACAGCAAUAAAAAAAAAUGGCUGUUUCUUCUCCCGAAACCAGCCAUGGAGUCAUAGGUGAUUAUUUUAUUGAUUAAUCAGCUGCUUGUUAAUCCUAACCAUUAAGGGGCAGAGCCAGGAUUUUUUUUUUUUCCUCCCCAUAUGUUGUGAUCAGUGUUUGGACCUUGGCAGAGGUUUUCAGUCUGAUGUAUCCAGAGGUUAGGCAGGUUCAGCCUGUGAUCAGGAUCAUCAUUAACUGAUCAGAGUCAGUGUGCAUGUACAAAAAACAAAGCCUUCAGUGUGUCGACUGAAACAUGGAACAUGCUGUCGUCUGUAAAUGUACCAGCUGCUUGUUGGUAAGUGGAAAUUAAAAUUAACCAUAAACACC